AGGGGCAAGAGGUGAGCACCCCAAGGCAGGGCUGGUGGAAAGGGCUGGCCCUUGCACCCAUGCCAUGCCAGCCUAGCCCACUUCCCGAUACUGCCAUCCAGAGGGAAAAGCUGAUUUCUCUUCCUCUAGCAAGAGUGACCUGGUGGCUUGCUCCCAGCCAAUGCAUGGGAGAGACGGCACAAGCUGAAGGCACAGGUCGGGUAGGGGGGAAAGCAGCUGAGCUCAGUCAGGGUAAGCCCCUGUGGGGACCUGGCUGGUUGCUAAACGCCCAUUCAGACAUGCUAAGCACAUUCAGACACGUUCAUUGCUUGCAAGUGCUUUUCUUGCUCAAGUUUCAAAGGCAAUACAUCCACCAUUCCUUAGUGUGUCUUAUCUGAUCAUUGCCCCUCCAUGGGACCCAUCCUGGGCAGUCCCAGGGAGCCCUGUGGGGACAGGUCAUGAAUCUGACCUUUCUCCUGCAGCUGCCAAACCGGCAGUGCUAGCAUCAGCUGUGGUGCUCCACAUACCCAGGAGGGCUGGGACACAGAAAGCCUUUCCUGGGAAAAAGAAAUAGAGAUUUAUUAUUCUUUGUACUAAAGGUUGCGCAGAAUUGGGCAGAAAGACAGAUCUUUCUCUUUUUUUUUUUUUUAAGGCUUGUGUGUGCAAACCUUUUUUUGUAGGGAAAGAGAUCAAAAAGAGAAAAAAAGUCCUCACAUGGGAGAGCAUGUUAUGGGCUAUAAAAGCACAUGAAGAGCUCUACCUGCAGAGGCUGGAGCAGGUUCAGCUCGUUACUCAUCAGGAGAGCAUCCCUGGGACAGCUGAGGCCUCUCCAGCUAUAAAAGGAGCAGGGCUGGGGCUGGGGCUCCCUCUGCUUGGGGGUUUGCCCGAAGUAGAGCUGGGACAGCCAGGCUUUGCUUCACCUCUUAUGGUGCCAUGGAUGGGAUGCAGGUGAACCCCGGCAGCCCUGCCCCGACACCGCCGUGAGCUUCCACUAGAGCUGGUGGAUCCAACCAGUGCAGUUCCCUCCCUGGCCAGGGCAGACACUGUGAAAGGAGAAGCAGCACUGUAAAAACCAAGGUUGUUGUUUACCAGAAGAAUGGCAAAAGAUGCAUUUGAUUUUGUCUCCUGAUACAUUAUGAUAGUAGGGUAUGGUGGGAUUUCUGACUGAAGCAGCUACUGAGGAAAAGGAAGGGAGAUUGAUAUGAAUAAGUUCACCUUGACCUUUUAAAACUGCCACAGUGAACGCUUAACCCCUGCCCACUCAGCUGAUACUGUGGUUAAUGAAAGCCACUCCGAGGAACAAAAUGCACAGUCCACAGGGGCUCACCGCUCAGGGCAAAGAUCACCACCAACAACGGAAGAUCUCCCGUCACGUCAAAAAGGGGGCUGCAGCUGACAUUUGGAAACCUAACAGCUCUGGUGUGAAAUGUGGUGUCUGCCAGCUGAGGGAACGCUGACUGGGCUUGCUGGGAGGUCUGCCCUGCUGCCCACCGGGGCUGUGCUGAACACCACGAUGCUGCUGAUAAAAACUGCCAUUAAUGCACAGCCCUUCCCUGGUCAUGUGCACGCUCACAGAUGCCACGUGUCCUGUCCCGGAGCACUGGGCACACUGCAGUCCAUAAGAACCAAGAAAAGCCACCAGCGCUGUCAGAGGGGCAGGUCCAAUCCUGCCUGGCUUUGCCAUGCCCAGCACAGCUGCAGCUUAGCAUUGAGUCCUCUGGGAAAAAAGCCUUCUCUUGGCCCAAGGACUGUAACAGCCAAGGAAAAGGACUCUGCAUACAGCAGUGAGGAACCAGCAGCCACUGCAUCUAGCUCAGAAAAAUCCCUGCACAGCACUCUGGGAUGAGGUGCAGAGGGAUUACCCCAGUGCCGAUGCUCCUCUUUUGGGAUCUCCUCACAAAAUCCUGGCUCCAUACAAAUGUCAAUAUUUUUAUUUGUCAUUUCACAGUGUAUUCACAAUUUCAUUCUCUAUUUUACACUGCCAGAAGUAGCCUAACAUAAACUCCUUCCUACUGGCUCAGUGCCUCUGCUGGCAGAAAUUCUUGACAUGCACAUGAGCCAAAGAGCAGGAAAAAAAACCACAUGGAAGUCGAAUCAAGAGUGAAAGAGAGAUCACGUGGUUCUGAGACACUGAAGUACAAGUCCACACACUUGUUAGACAGAAUUCCUUGAUUUUGAAAAAUAAUUCUGGUUUAGUAAUAAAAUACUUUAUUUCUGAAGUGGACAGAAACAUUAAAUGGCAAUAGCUGAGGCAUAUGCUGACCAGCAGGACAUGGAUUAAAAUCUUGCCUUUGUAACACUUUGCUUUAUCCCCCCUCUUACAUAACUGUGAGGCUUCCUUUGCUAGUUCUUAUUGUUUUACUAAACCAAACCAUGCGACCUGUUAUUCUCAAGGCAAAGACAACCUUGGAGGAAACUAAGUGACCACAUAUUACUUGACUGCUGCAAUGAGAGCAACAGCACUGCUCUCUUAGUAAUUUAUUCCAAAUGGAAGCCAAACUUUUAAAUUACCGGCAAAGACUACAGGGAAGAACUAAAAGGCCAGAUCAGACCCGUGAGUGUGUCCACAUUCCUGCUUGGCUUGCCAGAGGAUCCCCAAGGUGAAGAUCACAUUGCACAAAGGCAGGUCCCAAGAGGACAAGGUUUAUCUGUGCAUUUUGACAACAAACCAUCAAUACUCACUCAACCAGCUCUGCUUCUGCUGGGCAGCAGUUUUGUACAGACCAUGUUUCAUUAAUAUUAUGAAAAAGAACAUCAAAGCUAUUACUGAAGACACGGUGAAUACCCACAGCUGCUCCUCUGCCCAAGAGGCUGCCUUGCCCAAGACAUCAGGUUUUCGUUCUUGGAAACCCACAUUGGUUGCUGUUAAUUUCCUUUUUCUUUCUAGAUGUUUACAAACAGUUCAGUGGUUGUUCCACUGUUUCUCUGAGAUGUUAAACUCUCCUACAUAACUUUCCAAUUCCUCCUUUUGGGGAAGCAUGGGCACUUUCAUAGUAAAUGGGAACUAAAUUGAGAAGAGUACCAGUAAGGGCUGCCAGGCCUCAGGCAACAGCCCUCACCCUGUGACACGAAUACCUGGGGUGCUCUGCAUGGUCUGGGUGCUGUGGUCUGCAGUGAGGAUGCUCUUUGCCCCAUCCUGCUGGCUAGAAACCAGGAAAAAAAAAAUACAACAAACAAAAAGCCCAAAAACAACAGCAAGACAUACUGCCAACUAAGUCUGGUUUCCUCCAGUCUUUGCUGGAAUAAUGUUGCUGCAUGUGCCACUUAGAGGGAUUUUGCCGGAAAAUUACUGAGGGGACCAUGUAACCACAGUCUGCUGCAGAGUGCCAACAGGCUCACAGAGCCCCAAAGCUGCCUCAGCCUGCCUGCUCACCCCAUCACUAUGAUGACUGUAAAGGGUUGAGUAAAACCCCAAGAGAAUCCAGCUUUACGGUCCCUGUGGAAGAGGGACCAAAAUAAUUUUGGUUAACACAGCAAGUUUUGGCAGCCUGUGAUGCAUCAGGGUGCUGGAAGCCAGGAAGGUUUCAUCUAGGAGGGACAGCAGGGGUUCUGAUAGCACAUGUCUAAAGCCACCCAGUCUGCAUGCACUUGGGUUUUCAUAUGCAGGGCAGGAGGACGAGCUAAAGGCAAUUAAAACUGUGAAAGACAGUCUGUGCAUAGGUGUCAUGAUGCCUCUGAAUGAGCUGUCCUCCUUCCUGUUUCGGACACAAUGCCAGAUACAUUACUUGAAAUGUAGCUUUCAGUCUUCAGUGCUACCGGUAUUGUUAACCCAGUCUGAGCGACACUUGCACUGGGGGUGUACAGAAAUGACAAGGCAAUUUCAGAAAUACAUAUGAACAACCUCCACCCACAUUUUUUUUUAGAAUUUUAGAAACAAAACCAGUGCAAGAUCCAGAGUCUGGAAGGAGAUGGGUGAGAGCUCAUGUCUGGUUUAAAGGCACAUCCUCAAAAUGUGAGAAUUACAGGAUCACAUGAGUUUGGAACAUUUUAGCUCAGCAUCCUGGCAUUUUUGUAGAAAAUAAACAGCAAACAGCGAAACCAGGUUUCCUUUUCUGGAGAGAGCAGGAAGGGAGCACCAAGGGCGUAACAGCCCAGGCUGCUUGCGCUCGAUGGAGCUGCUCUGAGACACGGCAAUGCCUGGUCUUCCAGGAAAGCAGCUGUGGCAUGACGAUUGCAUUCUCUCAUUCUGUGAUUCCCCACCAACACCCUGACAAGUUCGCUGGUAGGCUGUGCAAGACCUGUAGCUGCCUCUGCAGAUGCUCACUGCCGGCUCUCACUGCAGGUAGGAAAGCAGGUAUGGGGCAGCCCUGGCCCCACAGCCCUGCUCCGUGCCCGUCUGCUUCAGCUGCAGCUCCAGCCAUGAGGGCUGCAGGCUAUGGGGUCUGGGGACACACUGCCCGAGACAUCCCCAUGGCAGGAACCUCUGGGCAUGGAGAGGCACUUGCUUAGGCAUCACACAGUCCUCCCUGAGCCUGUUCUGCUGGAUCGGGACAGCUGGGUCCCAGCUUCCCAGCCACGACUGCCAUCCGUUGGCACUGCAGGAGGCGAGACCCCCACCCAUAGGGGAAGAACACACAGAUGGAUUUGUUCCCCACCCGAAAGCUGUUUUGAAGCCACCUUUGAGAUUUCUUCAUCUCCAGAGUGUCUGUGGGCUCACCCCUGCCACCAAGCCCUUUAUGGAUGGGCACCGGGGCCACAAGUAGGGUGAAUGUUUUUCUGGGGACUUUUAAACAAACACCUAAAUGUGGCAGGACGUUGAUGAUCCACAGAACCAAACAAUCUCCUUCUCCACAUCCCUCCAGCCUCAUCAGGCAGCACCCCAAGGUAUCACUUUGCUACUCUGCAAGGUUUGGACAAGCCCAAGGCUGGUCACAGCUGAUGUUGAGCUUGGUGCAGGGCUACCCAGGCUCUCAGGGGUGGUGUGACGGCCAGGUGUCAAAGUCCUGCCUCCAAACUCAUGCUCUAAAUCAGAGGGAACCCCUCAGAGGCAGCACAAACUCUCCUUGUUGCAGGUCCAGUCAUACUUCUGGACAAGGACAGGUGAUUAUGGGGUUGUUCCCAGGACCUCUUAUUGGGCUGGUGCUCGGCUGGGGGCUCCAGGAGACCCCAGUGAGUGGCGACCAGCAAAAGCAGAACAAGAAUUUCUAUGUACUCAAGAGUGAAUGGGGAAUGGGAAAUGUGAAAGCUGAACUUUCUUCAGUAGGUUUCCAUGACACUUGGUUUGCUCUUGAAAUAAACACUAGAGUGUAUUCCUGAUUCAAUCCACCAGCUACCAGCAACUCAAGGUUAUUUUUCAAGAAUGAGGGUAGUGAGGGUAGGGUGUCCUCACAGCAGGCUGCUUAUCCAGAUGCUGUACUGCCCCCUUCGUUUGGUUUAUGUUUAUAGGAAAUACCCUUGUGUUGACGGAAAAACACAUGAAAGAACAUUACUCUUGCAGAAUACAUGUUUGUCGUGACAGGCUGAGAGAGCGCAUUUUGGGGAAGGGCAACUUUCCGACAACUCAUCCCUGAAAGACAGACAAUAACACUCCCAAUGGAUUUCAUCCUCACUGGGAAGAGGCAGCACCUAACUUCAGUCAUGACAUGCUAAUUUACAACAGAAAAAACUUCUGGCUAAAAGAGCAGCAGAAAGAGCAGUGCUGGACGGCCCCCCAAAACAAUACAAGCCUGUCACCCAAAAUAAGCACAGGAGAUGGUCCCUGCUGCAGACAACUGACAUUUAGCAGCUCCGUGCAUCACAAGCAAAUGUCACAAGGAGACCAAGCGAAGGGGAUGUGCUGGUGUCUCAAGGAACAGGCAGUCCUCUUCCAAGAGGGAAGCCUGGGUGCCCAGGGAUGCUCCUCCAAAUGCAUUCCCUGGACUGCAGGUUUCAGUGGGUGCAAAAAGGGAUGUCCCCUGAGCAGUUCUCCAUUUUCUCCCUCCUAGACUUCAUGCAGCAUCCCAUGGCUUUAAAGCCAGAAGACAAAGAUAAAGAGAAAUGGCAAGUGCGUGUUUUCCCUCCAGUUCUUUUUGCCAUUCACCUGUCCCACAUCCCUUCCUAAUUGCUUCUUUACAGAAAAGAGAUUUCAGGAGCAUUGUAUGCUGCUAACAAGGGAGGGAGCCAGCCCUGUAAACCCAGUAAACCCCCCAACAAGAGGCUGAACAAAAAGAUGAGAACUUUUACUGACAAAAGACUGAGUGAAGACAAGCACUGUCCACCCAACUCUUAGCUAUUGUUGGAAAUAUCACAUAUCAAGACAUCCACAGCUGAAGGUAUGAAAGACAUAAACACAUAUACUUUCAAAAGCCCUUACUCAAAACUGAACUGGGAUGCAAUAAAUCAGCCCCCACAUUCACACACACACAAAAAGGAAAAAAAAAAAAAAAAAGAAAGAAAGAAAGGAAGGAAGGAAGGGGAAAUUCAGAUUAGUCACAAAGAAGUUCCCCCGCCUGCUUCUCUGUGUGCAUAAAGCAGCCUCCUGAAGAUACUUUCUUCACCUCUGUUCUUGGGACAGGAACUCAUCUGUCCCCUGCUCCUCCGGGCUCCUGCUGUGCUCCUGGCCCUGUCCCCAGCAGCUGCUGGCAGCUUGGCUGAGAUGGAAGGACAGCCAGAUGUAGAGCCCAGAAAUGAAGACCAGAUGGAUUGCAAAAGUGAACCUGCAGAGGAUGAGUGGAAGAGCUGGCAAAGAGGACAGGCUAGGAACACGUUACACCUUGUGUCCGCGACUGCUCAGUGGAUAUUACUGCUUGCCUGCUUGAUUUACCUUGGUAUAGAUUCUCUGCAACCCUCAAAGAGCGACAAAAUCCCGUGGACUCACAUCCGAUACACAGGUGAAAGCAUCAAAGGAGUAGCCGUGAAUCUCACUGCUGAAGUAGGCUCUAUUCAGAUCAGAAAUGGUUCUAUCGUGAUCCCCUGUGAUGGCCUCUACCUACUGUCCUUGAAGGGCAAUAUCCACUUUUCUGACCUGGAUGAGGAGGACUCGCUCAAGCUGACAUUGUGGAAGACAGACAAGAUGAGCAGCGAGGCCCUCUGGGAAGCCGCUGUCCAGGACAGCGGCACUGCAGUACAUCUCACCACAGUGCUCUACUUGUUUAUUCAAGACAACAUCACCCUGUGCACCAGCUCCAAUGCCACCAUUGAGGAUUUGUCAUUCAGCCUUGUGUUAGUAGGUCCCUUCACUUGCCCAUUAUAGAGGAUGACGUAUGAAAUGUAAGAUAUAAAGUACAGCCUUUCCUACCCAUCCGUUUGCCUGUGGGAGGCUUGUUCUCACAGGCUGCACUUGUACAGGCAGACUGCUCCAGCCUCCCUCCUCGGGGCUGGGGAAAGCCUCUGCUGGAACACGGAUAAGUCACAGGACAAACAGGCUUUAUAUAGUGCAUGUUGUGUUCAGCUCUUUGAAGCUCUGUGCAGCUGUUUUGCUACCUAGGAUGGAUCUUUCUAACACUGGAAAAAAUGGAUGUGUGGAGCCCUUGGGGAGAACAGAAAUAAAAGCCAAAGAAUGUCACCUAAGCUUAGCUAAUAUUCAGAGAAAUCCUGGGUUUCUCUUUUUACUUGACGGUAUCUUUAUAUAAUACAAAUAUGCUGUAUAUUUGCUAAAAUAAAAGUCUGGUAAAUCAGGAAGAUACCUCAAGUGCCUGGAAGCCAUUUAGAAAAGGACAAGCUAUCCACUCAACAGCCCUUUGCCUAGCAAGGCAGGAGACAUGGAAGAGGUGGCAAGGGACUUCCUUUGCAGUGAUCAUUAUAAAUAUUCUCUGAGAGGUAAAGGCCGCAAAAGGAAGGUGGUAUUUUGAAGUGAGCUAAUAGGACUGCACCGGAUGGCAGAAAGUCCAGACCUGCAGUGACUAUGAGCUUUUUAGGAGAAGCUUUUAAGAGCAGAGGCCCACUGGCUUUUUCCAGCUGUCUGCAGAGGACUCCUGAGCUAAGUGAAUACCUGGUGGGACGUUUGCAUCUUGACACCAGCUCUUGGAGUUAGGCUGAAGGACAAUCUCCCCUUCAAGCAUAUACACACAAACUGGCUUGACCCAAAAAUGAUCCAGGCGCAUUAAAAUUUGGAAAAACAUGAAGACUCUGGAUUUGGUGGGUUCUCCCUAAUGGACCAGGUGAAACCUGCAGGUCUGCGUAUGCUUUCCUCUGGGAGGAUUUAGAUGGUUCCCAUGACCCAUUCCCAAGUAGACCUUGUCACACAGGUAUGCACCACAGAGGGGUGCACAGGCACGACCUCCUGCACCUCUGCACCCAAGCACACCCCACCUGGCUCCUGCUGCAGUCAGACACAGACCGCUCCAGCAAUCCUUGGCUGCACAUCCCUCUUCUCUUUACAGCUUGUGGCUACUGAGGACAAGUCCUGCCCUGCCCGUGCUGCAGGCGGCAGCAUGUGAUCUGAGCACACCAGAGACUAUUCUAUGUUUGAUUGAAGUCGGGCAGAUUUCAAGGGCAAGUUGACUACCUGGCUGCAGUGAACUCCAGCAACAUAUCGACAUCUCACUGCUGGCUGUACACUCCAAAGUCGUGUGGUUUUUUUUUUUUUUUUUUUUUUUUUUUUUUUUUUUUUUAAGUAUUUAUGUAUUUAUACUAGAGGCAUAAGAAUGUUGCUUCAGAUUUCUUAGAAACACUGGGAGGGUUCAGACUUCGGGUUGUCAGCACUGAGCUCCUCUUUGCGGAUGCUCCCAACACCCUGGAGCGUUCCUGCUACACGAGAACUACGGUGCUGCCACCUGCCUCAGCUCCCCAGCUGACCCGAUCCUGGCUGAGCACUCCUAAAGGCAGCUAAGGAAAUCUUCCAGGCCCUGGUGAGCUUUUCCACAUGCUUUACGCUGCUGUUGACAGGUUGUUUUAUGACCUUCCCUACCCAGGGCCAGGCCACAGCCCCAGGGAAACCUCUGUGGCUGAAGUAAUUAUUCAUACAGUGCCAGGAAAAAGUUUUUUCUCAUCUCAGGACGGAGAAGCUCUGGACUGGCUUGCAGGAUGCUCCUCCUCAGCUGCAAGGGGCAUUUUUAGCUCUUAUCUCUGGCUGCUCUGCCAGUCACCAAGACCCAAGGCAGCUGCACUCUGACCCCAAGCUGGGAAUUGUCACGCUUCCCAGCUGAAGUGAGAAUGUGUUUCCCUUCCUAAAAGCUAAUAAAACUUUCCUUUGUAACCUGUGGGCUUGCAGUGUCCCUUGGGAGGGGGGGAGCUGGUGAAUUAUACAUUCCCUGUGUUUGAGCAGACAUUUUCACUGGUGCGAAAAGUAUAUGAAAUUUUCACACUUUUUUUUUUUCCCCCUACAGCUUUGUUUCAGUUUCCACUCUCCCCAAGGGUAUCCAGGGCUGGUGUUUCCCACCGUGGGCUAACAGUGACAGGGCAGGCUGUGGCAGUGGUGUGGACAGCAAGAAAAAUUAAGCGUAAACACAAAUGGAUUUGUACCUCGGAAGGGUGCACUCUUUCCUCUUGUUUCACACACUGAUUCCUCUGCACUUUCAGGAUGAACUAGACUGACCUACAUAUGUACAUGUACACACACUGUCUUGAAAUAAAGGUCAAAACAAUUAAA